AAAUGAUGUAACACAGAAGGUUCCGGAAUAGCUAAAGGUCGCUACUCACUUGAUAAAAGCGUUAGCAGGAGAAAGGAGGCCACAUUAUACGAGUGUUAUUAACCAGACACAUUUUCCCGAACAACUUUUUAUUUCGACACCAUGCCUAGAGGAAGCAGAAGCCGAACUUCGAGGAUCCCUUCUCCAGCAAGCCGAGCACCGCCACCUCCACCCCCUCCUUCCCACGCACCUGUACCAAUGCAUGCACCUCCAGCGGCUGUGGCUGCACCAGCGGCAGCACCUAGGCAGCCUGGUAUGUUUGCCCAGAUGGCAACUACUGCUGCUGGGGUAGCUGUGGGUUCUGCUGUCGGACAUACUCUUGGCCACGCGAUGACAGGCGCCUUCAGUGGGGGAAGCUCAGAGCCCGCGCGGCCUGAUGUCACAUACCAGGAGCCCCACCAGGCGCAGCCAUACCAGACACAAUCCCCCUACCAGCAACAGAACACCCAACAACAAGCAUGUUCCUAUGAGCUCAAACAGUUCAUCGACUGCGCUCAGUCCCAAAGCGAUCUUAAACUCUGCGAGGGCUUCAGCGAGGUGCUCAAGCAGUGCAAGUUCGCUAAUGGUCUUUCUUGAAUUGGAUCCAGAAACCUUCAACAGGCAGGCAUUGACGCUCCGUCGCUGGACGUCAACGUGUCAAAUGUACUUUAACAGUUGAUUAUCUUCAGACUAUAUCAGUUUGUUCAAUCAUUAGGAGACUGCAGCAGAUCACAUUCUGAUGGAUACAUAUAUAUUUUUGAGUUGUUGUUAAUUCCACUGCUAAAUACGUUUAUUGUAAAAUAAUAGCACUAGAUACUGCAUGCAAACAACUUGAUGCUUCAAGUCAAAUCAUUAAAACUCUUGGAUUAUGAAGACAAAAAACAAGAUUCCAACCUUUUUUCUGUCAUAAUAGUUUAAGUGUGUGAAGUAAAAUGGCAUCCAUGUAAUGACACUUGAGACAGUAUGUAUAAUGCAGACUGAGAAAUAUACUACGGUUGUAACAAAGGUAAUGUUUAAUUGCUUGUAACUUGAAAUAUUUGUUUGGUACCCUGCCGUGUUUGUGUAUGGGUGUGGGAGAAGAGUAACGAUCUGCAUGAAAAGUAGAACUUUAACGACAUACGAACAGAUGGAAAGCUGGCAUUUUACAGGCAAACAGAAUUACAAAAAAAAGUCAAAUGAACAAGGACCCGGAAAAUAAUGAUUACACCAAUAUUUGGUUGCACAACCAAUCCCAAUGAGGUGUUUCGACGGUCUAAUGAGCAAACUGCUCCCACUCACUCUGAUAUGGUCCAGGUCAGUGGUUCUUAACCUUGCUAAAGGUACCGAACUCCACAAGUUUCACAUUUGGAUUCACCAGACCCUUCGGAAUUAGAUAAUAUAGCAAUUUUUUUCAGAUUUUAAACCGAUAUAUCUAAGCUAGCAAGCUAAUAAUUUAAUUUCAAAAUUUCUCGUUUUGACAGCAUGUUUCACAAACAGGUCAAAAUUUAAGACCACGUUGCCCAUUGGUCUGCUGUAUUCCCUCAUACAAAGAGCAAGUCAACCGUCCAUUGCGCAAACCAGUUCCUCCUCCCUUCAGAUCGAAGACUAGCAGUUAAAUGGAUUAAGCCUGUAAAUUGGGAGCAAAUCAGUCCAAAACCUGGUAUAAAAAAGCCACUUUGCCUAGAUUUAACCAGCGUACGAAAAUAAGGCUCUACGUUUCUUUACCUUCGCCGAACCCCUGCGACUUACUCACCGAACCCUGGUUAAGAACCACUGGUCUAGAUACAUUAGUGUACCCUUAAUAAAAUCAGAACAUUUAUUUUUGUGGUGUUUCUCCCUAUACAUAGGUCAACAGUGGCUCAUUUAACUUAAAAGGCCAUCUCAUCAGUUCUAAGGACAAUCAUCCACAAAGAUCAACAAACUACAUUUUCCGACAAAUGUGACAUUUUUUCAUAACUAGAAUGAUAAUUUGCUGAUAAUCUUUAAAUGUCGUUUGUUUAAAACACAGUGCCUACUGUGAAAUAAGGCCCUGUUACGCCGUUUGGCAAAUUGCUUUAAAGCUGCAAGUUGUAAAGACAUUUCACAACUAUCAAGGAAUAAUCGAAUAAAAUGUGCUUCCUAUGAUAAA